AUGAAUAUUGAUCUGAUAUUUAAAACGUACCACUGUGAAAUCGGUGUCAUAUUUCGAUUAUUCGAGUCGAUAGCUUUCUCCACUGCCUUUUUCGUGUUCGUAGUUUGGUUUUUUGGAAAGUUUGUAGUAUCUAAGUACCCAUUUACUGAGGUGGACGAAAGCGCAGAAGAAGAUAUUAAGAUAGCUGACCUAAAGAAGGUAUCGUCGAAUCUUAAAUUAUCCUCCCGAACCCAUUCACUUUUACAAUUGCAUAGUACAAGCAGAAACCCAGAGUCAUUGGACCACCAUAUAGACCUAAGCUUUGGGAAAUUGCAUAGCCAUUCACCUCUCGGUUUAUCGAACGUCUCAGCAGCUGAAGAAGGAUCUGAAUCAUUUGCAGAAGACGACGCUAGCUACGAUUACGAGGAAACAGUAGACGACGAGGACGACGAGGACGACGACGGCAGCGGGACAUUUUUAGACCCCACAACGUUUUACAAGAAUCUUAAUAGCAGCUCACAGUACCUUCGUAGAGAUUCAUAUUCACAAUGCUAG